AUGUCGGUUAGGACAUCAAUAACCGAGCCCAAUUUCCAUGACAAUUUCAUUACAACUCUAAAUGAUUCAUCAUCAUCUUCAAGUCGUCCAGCCACAACAACAAGUAUAGAUUUAUUCAUGAGAGGAGAACCAAUUCUUGUAGAUUUGCUUUUACAUCAUGAUGAGGAUAUUUGUCUGCAGGAUAUUGACGAUCAUCAGUCGGCGAUGGAUAAAGAAAUGUCGACAAUUACGAAUAAUCUUCCUCAUCAACAACAACAUAUUAUCGGUCAACAACACGAAUUAUCAUCAUCACCUGUUGUUGCUAUUACUUGUACUCCUCCACUACUAACUAAUUUAGACAUGACAUUCAAUUAUGACAAAACUGAUAAUCAGCAGCAGCAACAAGAAGUAAAUACAACUAAUAGUAAUAAUAUUGUAUUUAAUAAUGAUAUAGUAAUUGUGGAAGAUUCUAAUAGCAAUAAUAAUAAUAAUAAUAAUAAUCGAAUGAACAUGGUGAAUAUUGUUGAUGGUAGUUCUAUUAUAUUAAAUAAUACACCUCAACUCUUUAUUGAAACAAAACAAGAUAAUUCUAAAGGGUUAGUUCUACCUUUAAAUUUAUCUAAUGAUAAUUCUCCAGUCAAUUCAGAGAUUUCAUCGGCUGUGAGUGUGACCUCCUAUGGGUCAAGUCUUCCAUCGACUCCAAAUAAUUCCCAUCAAUCUUCAAGCUUUUUCAAUUCAUCAACAACAAUGGUAACCAAUGAUGAAACUGAUUGGGAAAUUAUUGUAAAGAAUAGAAAUGCUCAACAAAUAGCACGUAUGGCCUCUGCUACUGGUUUAGUAUUUCAUAAUAAUCUAUCCUCCUCACCAUCAACUACUUCAUCUUUAUCGUCUUCAAAUCUAUCAAAUCAACAUCAUCACUGUGUUACCACUCCAAAAUUGGAUACAUCUUCUUUAAAUGAAACAUCAUUCAGAAAGAACUUUAUCACUCGACAUAGUUCUGAUCAGAGAAUUGCAAUCUCUAGUAAUAAUAGUAGUGGUAGUACAUGUAAUGAAGAGUCCACAUUUGGUACUGGGUCAAGCAAGCAGAGAAGCAAGACAAGUUUUUUGUGGGGAAGAUCUUUAGAGAGGAAGAAUUCUGCAAACAGCAAUACUUGUAUGCCUCCAAUAGAGGAUUCUAAGAAUGCUCAACUCGAUAUUUCGGCCUCUUCAAUAGAGAGUAGUGCCACCAAUGUUGCAUCAGAUGAGAGCUUUUUAGAGUUUUUACAGAGUGUAGAUUGUCGAAUGAAUGUUAUUUCGAUAGAGUCAAUUGAUUCUGCCUCUACACAAGACACAUCAUCCAAAGAGACUUUGAAAAAGUCCAAAUUUUGGGAUAGACUCAAGAUUAUCAAAAAGGCAAUUAAGAAACAGCUUAUGGAAGAAGAAAAACCUAACAGCACCCAACAAACACUUCACACUCAACAACCAUCUAAACACUCGAGAACCAAUAGUAUUACAAGUAAUCCACAUACACUUGAUUUGGAUUGUAAAAGUACAUCAUCUUCCUCUCUGACAAGCGUUAGUGAUGAAGACAAGUAUACGGUUGUUAUUACUAAACCAGCAAUAGUCUCUAAUAGUGCAAUUAGAUCUGCUGAGGAUGAAAUGAGACAUUGUCUUAAUGAUCCAAUUUGUUUACAAUUAUUUGAUGAAUUUUGUUGUCAGGAAUGCUCUCAAGAGAAUUUACUUCUUUGGAAGGAGCUCAAUAAGGUCAAGACUAAUUUCAAGAAACUUUCAGAUAAGAGAAGAAGCAAAACCCUUCGAACCAUUCACUCGAAAUUCUUCUCUGAGAAGAAUGAAAAUUUCGAUGUAAAUGUUAGUGGUCGAACUAAAGUUCAAAUAGAGGAACAAGCAAAUAGCAAGAGAGUUAGUUUAGCAUCUGGCGCACACGUUUUAAAUAGCUUACAACGAGAUUGUAUCAACAAUUUAUGUGACAGCUUUUCGAGGUUUAUUCUCACUGAGGAUUACAAACUAUGGAAACAAAACUUUGAUAGGUAA